AUUUCAAUAACAACAAAAAUUCAAGAUGACAAUUUCAUUUUUUCUUUUUAUUCUUCUGCUGUUGCAGAACAUAUCUAGCAUUACUAGCUAUGAAUUUAACAUAAGAGAGGCAACUAUCCAUGAUAUUCAAACAGCUUUUAAGCACAACAAACUUACAUCCAAGAUUUUGGUUGACUUUUAUAUCCGGGAGAUUCAAAAGCUCAAUCCGAUCUACAAAGCAGUGAUUGAGAUUAACCCAGAUGCAAUUCACCAAGCCGAGACGGCUGAUCAAGAACGAAAGACUAAUUCCACUAAGUCGCGUUCUGGGUUGCACGGUAUCCCUGUUUUGAUCAAGGACAACAUUGCAACUAAAGAUAAGCUUAACACGACUGCAGGUUCUUACGCCCUUCUUAACUCCGUGGUGCCUCGUGAUGCUGGUGUGGUUAAGAAGUUGAGGGAAGCGGGUGCCAUUAUACUUGGGAAAGCUAGCUUGAGUGAAUGGGCUAAUUUUAGAAGUUUCAUUGCACCUAGUGGUUGGAAUGCUAGAGCUAAACAAGCUGUUAACCCGUAUGUAGCAACAGUUGAUCCAUGUGGUUCAAGUACCGGAUCAGCUAUAUCAGUUGCAACAAACAUGGUUAGUGUAUCACUAGGUACAGAAACAGAUGGAUCGAUUCUAUGCCCAUCAAGUGCUAACUCUGUUGUCGGCAUCAAACCUACAUUAGGCCUCACGAGUCGAGCAGGAGUCAUUCCCAUUUCUCCCAGGCAAGACACAGUUGGACCGAUAUGUAGGACCGUGAAAGAUGCUGUAUAUGUGCUUGAUUCCAUUGUCGGUUUUGAUAAAAAUGAUGCAUUGGCAACUAGAAAAGCUUCAAAGUAUAUUCCCAAGGGUGGUUAUCUGAAGUACUUAAAAUCCGAUGGUCUAAAAGGAAAAAGAUUAGGGAUAGUGAAGGAUUAUCCCCUCUUCGGAUUUGCCAAUGACACCACGACAUUGAAUAAGUUUAAGAAACAUUUUGAUAUAUUACGCCGGAAUGGUGCUAUCCUGAUUGAGAAUCUUGAAAUCAUCAAGUUCAAUCAGAUCAUUUCAAUGCUCAGCGGUGAAACUAUCGCAUUAUUGUUUGAAUUCAAGAUAGCCCUGAAUGCCUAUCUAAAAGAGCUAGUGGCUUCACCCGUGAGAUCUUUAGCAGAUGUAAUAUCCUUCAACAAGAAAUUUGCAGAUUUGGAAAUGAUCAAAAAAUACGGACAGGGAUUGUUUUUGGAAUCUGAGAAGACAAACGGUAUAGGCAGGUUAGAGAAAGAAGUAUUGAUGAAUUUAACAAAAGCAUCAAAAUAUGGGUUUGAAAAGCUGAUGAAAGAAAACAAAUUGGACGCACUGGUGACACCGAAUUCAGAUGGUUCCCCUGUUCUGGCUAUUGGGGGGUAUCCUGGAAUCAGUAUUCCAGCUGGGUAUGAUACGAAUGGCGCUCCUUAUGGUAUUUGUUUUGGAGGUUUGAAGGGCUCAGAACCAACACUGAUAGAGAUUGCUUAUGGGUUUGAACAAGCAACUAAGUUCAGAAAGCCUCCUCCCAUCAAGGAACAACUAUGAUUGAUUAUUAUAUAUAGAUGUUUAGAUGUGCAUGCAAAGGUAUGUAUUUGAGUUUCAAUAUUUGAUCCAGAAGUCCAGUUAGUGGUCCUGGGUGAAUCCCAUAUAUGCCAAAUAUUUAGCUACUAAAAGCCUUGAAUAUUGACCCUUAAUUUUAAUACAUUUGUUAAUAAUGUCCUAACAUUACCCUAAUUCAAA